AUGGCCAACGACGUGACCAAAGAUCCAUCAGGCAAGUCUGAUAUUGUGGAGGAUAUUUACUUAUGGAGGAGAAAGAAACUGGCCUUCUCUAUACUCUCGGUUUCAACAGCGACAUGGGUUUUGCUCAAUAUUUAUGGUUUCAACUCCAUAACCAUUGUUUCUUGGACAAGCAUGGCCAUUGUCUCUAUGGUCUUCCUCUGGGGGAAUCUACUUCGCCUUCUAAGCAAGGUCGAACCGGAACUGUCAGGGUUAGAAGUGUCGGAGGAGUUCGUAGAGGAGACGGUGAGGUCUUGUCGAAAGCUAAUGGAAGAAAUGGUUAGAUGGAUGUUUCUGGUUGGUGCGGAGAGUGAAUGGUUUGUUUUCGCGAGAACCGUUUUCGGUUUUUGGGUCUUGUCAAGAAUUGGGAACCUUCUCGAUUUUCAUACUUGUCUCUUUAUUGGUUUGGCCAUUAGCUUGACGAUUCCGAAAUUGUGGGAGAGAAAUGGAGAUCGAAUACAGAAGCAAUUGGCUAAUGUUAAAGAAAGAUCGAAGGGAGCGUAUGAUGCAACUCAUGAGAAGAUUUUAAUGAUGAAGAACAAGUUACAAAGAGAGGAUAAAGUGAAAAAAGGGGAGUAG